AUGGUGAGAAGCAGGCAAUGCCAGCAGCGCAGGGAGCGCCGUGCCAGCCGGGCAGAGGAGUGGAUCGGAGGCGGCGGUAGCAGGAGGCCGGGCCCGGGCGGUCUCCAGGCAGUGCCCGAGCCCCGUUCCCGGCGGGGUGGCAGCGCCGUGUUUGCGAAGAGCAAGGGGGAGCGGCUGGGGGCUGCGGGGAGGCUGCCCGCGGGUGGGCGCCGGGGGGUCGAAGUCCCGCCUGGCUCCAGCCCCCCCUCCACUCCCACACGCUCCACUUUUACACCCCCCCCAGAUCCAGUCGGAGAAACUUUGUUCAAAGACGGGAAGAGCCAGGCGUGGGGGUCCCUCAGCCCAAGCGUGCAGAAAGGCAGUGGGCAGAUCCAGCUGUGGCAGUUCCUGCUGGAGCUGCUCUCCGACCGUGCCAACCUGAACUGCAUCGCCUGGGAAGGCACGAACGGGGAGUUCAAGCUGAUCGACCCUGAUGAGGUGGCACGGCGCUGGGGGGAGCGGAAGAGCAAACCCAACAUGAAUUAUGACAAGCUCAGCCGGGCACUGCGCUACUACUACGACAAGAACAUCAUGACCAAGGUCCACGGCAAGCGCUACGCCUACAAGUUCGACUUCCACGGGCUGGCACAGGUGUGCCAGCCAGCCACCCCUGAUCACACCCUCUACAAAUUUCAGGGCAACCUGGCCCCACUGCCCUUUUCGGGCAUCUCCAAACUCAACCUCAUGACCUCGGGUGUGACGCCGGCUGGCUUCUCCUACUGGCCUGGCUCCAGCCCCUCCCUCUACCCUGGGCACGGGCUGCAGCCCUCUGCCCCGUUCAGCACCAUGGCAGCCUCUCACCUCAACAACAUGAACAACCACUACCAUUAGAGGCUCGGGCCAUGCCAGGCAGACCUUCCUGUCCCUGGCAGAAUGGGGCUGUGGAGCUUGGCAGAGAGGGAUGGGGGGUGGGAUUGUGCCUUGCUCUCAGUUGCCCCCUUUUAGAUUUGGAAAGUGGCAUGGGAGUUGAGAGGUGCUCACAGGGUAGCUGGGUUGGUUCCCUGAUGUCCAUGGCUGGAGGAGAGAAGCCAGCUAAAUUUAUGGUGAGGAGGGAUCCAUGGUUCUGGGAAUGGAUGUGAAUACCUAAAGAAGGGUGUAAAUGGAAGGACACAUGGGCUUGCCUCCUGGCAGGGACCGUGCCUCCCCUUUCCUUUACGACGUGCAACCCACUCCAUGAAUGUCCUUAGCUCUGUCCCUAGCCUGUGCCUGCCCUCCCCUCUCCCUGCAGAGUCAGGAGUUAGAGCCCCAAGACAGCUGUGUUCAUGGGUGAGGGUCCCACUGACCAGGGACAGAGACACUGACCUUGGUCCCCCACCUUUGACUCCAAAGCCU